AUGGCCAAGGUGUCAACGACUGGAAAGACCUGCAGCAUGGCCUGUGCACAACAAUCUGCUGCUGAGUACCUGCAAACAUGCAGGUGUAAACUGGUGACUCAUAUGGAAAAUUAUCCUCUCAUCAUUGAGAAUCUUUAUCAGCAGAAGGUUUUCAAUGAUCAUGAUGUUGAUGCUUUCAAAGCAGAGAGGACAGAGUUUGAUAAAGCCAGAUGUAUACUGGACUGGGUCAUUAAGAAAGGGCAAAAGGCCAGUUAUGAAUUACUCAGGAUUUUGGAUUUCACCCGGAGGAGGACUCUACAUCCUGAUUUACAUCACUGGAUAAGUUGUUUUUCUUUCAGGGAAGAUGCAGACACUGUAUACUUACUUGGGACAAAGCCCUGUCAAAACUACCAGAUACAGCUGAAGAAGAAAGCAGAAGAUAUCCUGAAGAAACAGUGGCAACAGAACGGCAAAUAUCUGCAAAACAAGAAAGAAGCAAACUUCAUUUACGUACCUCUUGUUCUAGAGACAGACGCUGUGGUGAAAACUGCUCACUGCAAAAUAAAAACAAAGUGUAAAAAAUUUAGAAAACUGCGUCCCAAAAAGCUGCGAUCUUACAUCCCUGAUAAACAAGAAGCACUUACACCCGAAGAUCUGCUGAAGUGGAAAGACAAAAACAUCCUGCUGAUUGGUAAACCUGGAAUAGGAAAGACAACAGUUGUCCAGCAGAUACUGAAAACUUGGACAGAUAAAGAUGAUAAAGAGCCAGACUACAUGUUUUACUUUGAUGAAAGUGUUUUGUCUCACAGUUCAAACCUGGUGAACUUAGAAUCCUUUUUGUUUGACAUGAAUUUAAAACCAAAUGAGAAAGACAGAAAAGAAAUAUUUCAAGAUAUUGAAGAAAACUCUGAGAAUGUUGUCAUUGUGUUUGAUGGUAUCAGUUGUUUUCACAAACAUUUCAUCCUGAAGAAGAUCAUGAACCGUGAACUUCUACCCGAGGCAAAGAUCAUAAUAACAUGCAGAUCAGAGCUGGAAGAUGAUCCUCUUUAUUCUGACUGGUGCUCACACAAAGUGUAUGUUCAGGGAUUCAGUGAAGAGUCUAUCAGAAACUACUAUCAGAUGAUGUUGGGUCAUAAUCCUGAUCUUCUGAAUGUUGUGUUGAACAAUCAAGAGCUGUUCAGUCUUAGCUAUGUGCCAGUGUAUGCGUUCAUGACUGCAGUCUUCUUUCUCUUUAAAAAUGACACCGAGCUCAAACAUUCACACACAGUGACGGAAAUGUACAUCCACAUCUUACGUGAUGCUUUGAAGAAACAUGGGAGAAAAACACUUGGACAAAUAGAUCAAUAUAUAAGUGAGAUCAAAGAGCAGCUUUAUUUCAUGAUGAAAAAUGCAUUCAGUGAGACUGAGCAGAAAAGCCUGAACCUUCCAGAGAUCAGCGGUGAUCAAACAGACAUUUGUUCUGUGUUUCUAAAAACGAUCACAAUAAGAGACAGUCCAACAUCUGCAGUGACACACUGUGCAUUUCUUCACAACACAAUGCAGGAAUUCUUCUCCGCUUUGUGGCUUCUCGGGAAUCCGGAUGAAAUUGAGAAAGUCCUGAAACUCUGUCAGACUGAGGAGAAUAAACACAUGAGAUAUGUUCUUCAUUUCCUCUGUGGACUUCUGGGUGAACAUAACAUCAAACUCCUCAAGAGUCUUUUCCCAGAGGAUCAGAUGAAGAAAACAUCAGAUUGGUUGAUUAAGAAACUUUUGGACACUUUCCUUCAGCCUCAGAAUGAUGAUACAGACAUUGAUCUUCUCUAUGUGUGUCAGUGUUUGUAUGAGCUUCAGUCAUCUAAAGCUUGUUUAAUGUUCCUGGAGAAGAUGAACCAUCAGCUGGAACCUGAUGUGAAUCUGGAUCCUCAUCAGUGUUGUGCUUUGUCUUAUGUGAUCAGUCAAUCCAGAGAUAAAGAGGUUUAUCUGAAUUUGGAGGACUGCACCGUCUCUGACACAGGAAUGAAGUUGAUUCUCUCCUGCUCACCAAAGAUCAGAAUUAAACUUUGGGAUGAACCACUAAAGGAAAUAAAAUGUUUACUACAGUUCUUCCAUAAAGUAUCACAGUGCAAACAGAAACAGCAGAAAGAUGAAAUUACAACAUCUUGCUGUUGCACCUACUUUGAUCCAAAUCCCUAUAAAAGACCAGAUCUGAACCGAGCACUGCUGGAUCUUUACUGUCAUGUGAAGGACUAUGAGACUCAAACAGGCAGGAGUUUCCUUCCAGCAUUACAGUCAGUUUAUAUACAGUCAGCACCUCAUGUCUGGAUCAUAAAUCUCUCAGAGAGAAAGUCCUCCAUCCUCCUGGAAGUGCUGAAGCUUCAAACAGAGAAGAAACCAGUAGUUAGAAACUAA